GGCUGCCUCCUGCACGAAGCUCUGCUGAGGCACUUCAGACAUGGAGGAAAACCUCCAAAGGGAGAAGACUGCAACUGAUUGGCUGAUAACGCUUUGAAGGACACCAAUCAGACGCCAUCCUUGCUGUGUGACUGCAUGUUUCCCUCUCUAUCUCUGAACGCAUCAUGUCAGCCUGCGCAUAUUUUUUAUGAUUGCAGCGCAGCACGUAUGCGUGUCGUGCUUCUCAGAGCGCAAGUGUGUGUGUGAGUGGAGAAUGCUGAAACCCAGAUCAGUCAAUACGGGAAAGAAGCAAUUAUAGGAUUACUGUGGAAAUACAUGAAGAAGGAAGAAGGGAUAAAAAGAAGGGAUACAGCUUGGAGGACAGUGGUGAGAGAGCAGAUGCUGAGGAGGAGAGAGUGGUGGUGAAAAGGUACGCAGAGGAUCUGCUGAAGGAAAGCAGAAGCAUCGCUGAUUUUUAGAAGAUCCUUGGCAGCUGUCUUCUGUUGCCGUGGCGAUGGGCUGCUGGCUGUCUGGACCAUGGAUGGAAGACCAAACGACAGGUGGGCGGAGCCUAGCACACCUUAGCCAACGGGAUGCACUGCGCAUCAUUGCAGCCAGUCAGCGCCCAAUCACCUUACAGAUCAAAGGUCAGAGGAGGCGAGGCACUGAUGUCAUCAGGGAAUCCUGGGAGCCACUUCCCCUUAAUCUGCAGCACCUCAACCUACCUCUUCCACCUAUGGGAGUGGGGAUGAACACAUCUAGCCCCUCCUACCCAGACAGGCAUUUUUACAGUCAUCUCUCUCUGCCUCAAGAGCACUGUGAAGCAGGACGCUACAGUUACCUGUCUAGUUCUCCACAAGACACGGUGGACAUCAGCCAUCAGGAACUAGAGCUCUCCAGGCAUCAAUCUAAGAGACAGAACUGUCUGACAGGAUGCUGCAAUCCAGACGUGGAUGAACCUACCACCUGCAACAGCCAGACCGAUGAUGAAGACUUCAUUCUGGAGAAGCCAAUGGGUUUCAUGCCCCUCCACCAUGAGCUGGAUAGUGGUCUGGGCUGGACUGAUGGCUCCCUUCAUCAAGGGGACCUUUCGGGACUAGAAACAGAAGAAGGAGGCCUAGAAGACUGUCAUCCUCACGGGAACCUUGCUGCACCAGGGUUUGGGGGUUUUGGAGGUGGUUCUCCCUCCUCAGAGUCCUUCAUCUCCUCGGAGCUCAGUGACUCAGGCUUUUACAGCGUGAGCACCGGGGAGUUCAGGCACUUCCAGAGGCUUCUGGAGAAGCGAAUGCGACUGUACAACGCUAGGAUGCAACAUCAGGGCGAACCGUGUGAGAGGCGUGAGAGGCGUGACAGCUGCCCCAAGAGCCACAGGGAGCUGCUGGAGGCCAUUCCAGAAGCACUGACGGUGCAGCCUCAAUGCCAGCACCUGCAGCAUGGGAUGGACGAUGGCGCAGGCCCCGUCAUGGAUGUCCCACCUCGUGGUCUUUUCAGGGUUUCGUCGGUCCAGUUUCACAAAGCUGACCGACCUUCUCUGAACCGUCACAGCUCCAGCAGUGGAGCGCUCUUCAACCCUUCCCACGCUGGGGUCUCACGAAUGACUGCUCCAGUCCUGUCCACCUGCAGCACCCCCUCCAGCCACCGUAGACCACAAGUAUCCAUGCAGCAGCAGUACCACCACCAGGGGUCGAGCUCAGUUGGGAUGCUGAGGAGAAGCCGGACCCUCCACCAUCGCCCUCCUCCACAGGAGUACCGCCGACGGGCUAGCCACCCAGCAUCUCCAUCUUAUUGUGCAGCGACUUUGCACUACUGUGGAGGAGUCACGCCACAAAGCGCUCUUCCACCGGGCCUGCUAGAGGACGGUGAGCUAGAAGCAGGUGUGGUGGCUUCCCACCCAGCAGGCAUGGCCCUGUCAGCCCAACAACACCCAACUGCUCUGGGGCACAUCAGAUGCUUAAGCAACAAUGAGCGGUGCUAUGAAAACAAUGGCCAGAUACCCCGCAAUGACUGGUGGCACUCAAAGGAAAGAGUCUUGAUACCUGAGGCAAUAAUUACAGAGAGAGAACGGGAACUGGAGCAAAAAUGUCAAUUUCAAAAGGAGAAAGAGCUGGAAAGGGAGGCAAAGAUUCAGGAGGAGAAGGAACGAGAGAGGCAUCAGGAGCUGGAGAGGAGCCAAGCCAGUGAACAGCAGCCCCUCCUAAGUCAUGUCCACCCUCCACAAGCUGGAGACGUCAAUGACACAUGGCCCAAACCAGCCAGUCGUCAGUCCAAUGGAGGUGGAGGAGGUAGAGGUCUUUAUAGCACAUUGGAGGGCCCACCAGGAGCUGGAAUUACCGUUGGAUGUGACGCAAAGAAUAGACAAAUAAAUGGGAAUUCAAGUCCUAAUCCCAGUUCUGGUCUGCAGUCAAAACCUGGUCUUGGCGGCAAACCCAUUCCACCCUCACGGAUCACACGGAGCCAGAUGCUCAGAGACAGGGCAUCUCAGCUGGCUGAUGAACGCAGUGGGAUGAGCACCGAUGAAGAGACCAGCGCUGACAUGCUGCUCGGUCGCUACUGGAGUCGAACGGAGAGGAAGGAACACUUCCUGUUGGCUCGUGAGCAAAAGCAGCAGCAGCUGAUGGCCAGAGGCAUGCCUGUACGACACAGCACCAGCAGGGGAGGGGCCUCCAUUGGAGAUGGAGCUGUGCUAGAAAGUAGAGGAGUUGGACCUUUUGCAGAAGGACGAUGCAACAUGGUCCUGGAAAUGAGUCAAAGAAAGCUGAGUCGUCUGAGGCACAGAAAGCUAUUGGAUGACUGGACAACAGUGGAGGAACUGCUGACUCAUGGAAACAGGUUGGACAACCAGGAGACCAUGCUGUGUCCAAGUUCCCUGCUCACAGUCACCACUGUGUAACCGCAUGGAGAUUGCGUCUAAUUGCAAUUCUUUUGGUGAGAAAUGUGUGUGAUCCCAAACAUCUGCUUGUUUUCAGGUCUUUCUCAGUUUCAUGAGAAGGUGGAUAUCAGCUUCAAUAGAAGAGGAAAAAGAGACAAUUUUUUAUACAGCACCUCUCGAGGUAAAAGAUCACGAGGCGCUUCACAGGAGCAAAAAUGAAAAAGAGAUUAAAGAAUAGAGUAGGCAACAGUAGACAGGAAGUGCUGAGACAAGCCCAAUGCAGAGCAGCAGUUCAAGCUUGUAAAAUAAGAAAAAAAAAAAAAAACUAAACAAAUCAGCAGCGGUUUAGUCUGCUCCAAAUAACCGGGCCCACUAAAGAAACUUCUUAUAAAGAGAUAAAUUAAACAUUUUUCCUGAUCUCAAUCUUUUCAUUAGCUACUGUAUUCCAACAACACCCCAUUCAUGGUUUUCUCAACACCAGGUCAGGUAUUUUUUCUGAUCAGUUAAAAUAUUUGCAUUUUUUUAUGUCCUGAUAGAUAAACUUUACAGUUACAAAACUGGUUUAAUUUUAGCAGGAAGCAUAUCUAGAAUCAAGAUUUGUGUAUUUGACUGUUAGGCCCGGUUCACACUGCAAGACUUUAAAACUGUCUAACAGUUUCCUAAGCAGGAAAGACCCACAAGUGGUGAAAAAAAAUCACAUAUAUAUAUUAGUUUUGGUCCUACAGUGUGUGGUGUACAGCCACACAAUAAAAACCACACGCUACACACGAACCGAUUUCACUCGCGUACAUUUCGGUCAGACGGGAAAUCCUGCAAAACCGCGUGAGAUCAAAUGUAACUUUGGAGAACAGAAACAUGACGGAGGAGGAGCAUGCAGUGUGCAUCAGCCAAAAUUGUACCAAGACAAUUCAACGUGUUAAAGGGAGACGGCAGUUUUGGCUUGCUUUUAGCACCCCCUAGUGCCCGUUUGUAGAAGCAAAACCAAAAAAUCUCACUGUGCGUCCGACUUUUUAACACCGUAAUCUAACAGCUGAAACGUCUCUCAGCGUUCCUAAGAGUCCAGAGGAGUGAUUCAUCAUUAAAUUUAAAAAAUCAGCUGUGUUCAUGAUCAAAAGCAUGAAGGAAACGUGCUGGAGCCAGACAGCAGCACCAGGUAUGUCAGCUCAGUUUUUUUUUAAAGUCCAACUGAGCGGACCGGCAACUGUGAAGUUGCAAGCGUGAUUUUCUGGCCACAUGGGGCGAUAGGGGCUGGGCGGCCUUACAUAAACCCUGUAAAGGCUCAUUUUAGCACUGGCUCAAGAAAAGUAUUUAAAAAUAUGAAAAAAGUUGCAUCACGUCCCAUUCACCCUGAUUUAUGACUGGACUGGUCCAGACAUUCUUCCGAGCAGACCAGAGCUCUCUUAGUGCAACAAACCACACACAGCAGGAAUAUCUGAGAAGAUUAUCUUUAGAGCCAUUACGUGAUUUUAAGAUUGUUGGAUGGGAAGAAUCAGGUCAAAAAUGAUCUUGCCAUGUGAACCGGUCCUAAGCGUGUGUUCACAAUCAACUAUGUAUUCAAUUAAAGUGUUUUGGGGACUCAUUUCUCAGACAGAUCCUCCAUAUUUAUUUUUGUUCCUGUUGCAUGAAGCUGAUAUCCAUUUUCUAAUUUCUCUGUAAAAGACAAGGAGCAAUCAGAUUUACGGAAAUGUUGGAUUGUUUGUUCUACACGUACGUCUGAUAGAAGGAUUCCCACUGUCAUUCCUGUACAUCACAACGGAUAGCAUUGUCUGGGCGCAUGACCUCUGUACAGCACUCGGGACAAAAUGUGAGUCAGUGCAUGAUGCUUGCAAUGACAAACAACCCAAUGAGGCCAAAUGAGCUUGUAUGUUUGCACCAUAGGUUUCAUGCUACAUAUUUUAGUUACAUUUAAUCCACAGAAUAUCUAAAAAAUUUACAAACAGCAGGGUUUGUACCUGAAACUGGACCUUUUUGCAGAGCAAUACUGGUUAAUAUGUUUGUCUCUAUGACAACAGCAGACAACAGACAACAAAGAUGCAGUGCCAAAUCCUGAACGUUUACCUGUUUACAAGUAGAUCUGUGAGUUUUGCAACUCAGAUAAAAGAGUGUUGAUUGGUGGGAGGGGAUAUUUUUGUCAUGUAGGUCACAGAAGAUUUGACCCACAACUUAAAGAGCAAGUCACCCCCUACAAGAGACUUACUUCACUCCCACUUAAUAUUUGAAAAAUGCAACAAAUACUGUUGCCUGUCAGACCGAGAGGGCGGAGCAGCUAACAAAUACACAAACACACAGGCUUACAAUGGCAUUGUGACAUCAGAAUAUACCAGUUUACAUCAUAGCAUACCUCUUAGCCAGUAGCGGUGGCAGAUUUAAAUUCAAAUACAGUGCAGAGUUUUUACCUGACGACGGCGCAACACUGACAGCUUUAGGAAGAAUAUUUAAAAUUGAACUAAAAUGCACUGAAGUUCCAAAUGAUUGACUACACAUGUCUGCAACACGAUUAGACACUCGUUCAUGUCGUUUAUCAGAAAAAAAAGUUGGUUUGGGGGUGACUUGCUCUUUAAAUGUUCUGACUGAUGUUUUCUGCUGUAUUCAGGAUAAUGCCAUAAAAUGACUGUGGAUAAGCCAGUAAAGACAUGUCCCACUGAGAAUCAAACAAUGAGGAGGAAAUUUUACAAAAAAUAGUUGCAAAGGUGCCAUUACUUUGAUUUUUCUAAUGAAAAUCCACCCCUGCACUAGCUUUACCCCUCUGUUAACUGUUAUUUGACUAUUUUCUGUUCUCAUCGUUCAGCUGCUGGAUGCGUCUUCUGGUCUUUUGACAGAGGGUUAGGGUUAGGGUGACAAUAGGUGCUUUGCAGGAAACUGAUGCAGCAUAAAAGUAACAUGUUUAAUCAAGUGAGCUCCAUCCAUCAGAGUGGCAUCUUUAUGCAACUUUUGUUCUCCUCUUUUGCAGAUGUGAAUGCAGCAUAAAAUAUUUAGUCUACCACAGCUCAUGGCUUUCGUUUCCUGCCAACGUAACUGUUCUUGUCAGGAUGUUUACAGCUCUAUCUGCACAUGCAUAUUUACUGAAAUCUGCAGCUACUGUGGUAAAGCAGUUUUAAGGGAGAGACGAUCAACUUGACAUCAGGUUGUGCAGAAAUCUGCAGCAUCCCUUGAGCCCGGGGCAGUCGGAGCCCCAGAUGGUGUCAGAAACAUUCCACUUUGCACUGGGUCAGAUCUGCAGUUCAGGAACAAGUGCAAUAAUACCUCAAGAUAGUUUUAAUAAGACAGAAGCGGAGUCAGGUAUUCAGUGAAUUCAGUCAUUAGUUUUAGAUCAAACAGAUGCACAACUCAGUGCACAGUAAUGGUGACAUCUACUACAACAACAGUGAUGUAGAUAUUUACACUGAUUUCCACCAGAGGAACCUAAGGAGACAACGUUUUGCACAUCAUUUUUAUAUAAAAUGUUUUCCUUACCUAGCUGUACCAGGGACCGAGGCCAGUGGAACACCUGUAGAUAGAAUGACUGUGUGUGUGUUGAUGUUUUCUUUAGAAACUAUCAUAGUGAUUUAUGGAGGAAAAAUAGUUAAUUGUGGUUGUGUUGGACAUAUUUCAAUAUUUUCCUUGUGGCUUGGAAACUAAUGUGAACUGUUUUUAUGAUCCUUGAAUGUCAUUAAGUUACUUAAUUGAAAAGCUGGUUGAUUAACUUUUCUCAGAGAGACAUGAAGUAUAAAUAUUACCAUCUUUAAAUGGAAUUUUAAAACCGAAUUUACUGUUGUUUUGUGUCGUUAUGACAUGUAUAUAUUGAUUUUAUCACACACUGCGAAUGAGAGUGAAGACAUGAUGGAGUCAUCCGACGCCUCUGGAGGUUUGACCAUGUGAUUCUGUAGGUUGAUGGAGGCUGUACAUCACACAGAGGUACACUCAUGGAAAGUAGGUCUGUUAGUUUCUGAAGCCACACAUCUGCAGAGUAGCAUCACUCCCACCAUGUUCAUAUUUAGAUAAUUUAAAUCCAAUUUCCUUGCUCUGUUUUCUCUCUUGUUUCAAACAACAAGCAGCUUUGUGUGUUUGUUGGAGAGACGUGGCAGAACUGGAGUCUGACUGAGGAAAGAAGACCAACAAAAUAUCUCUUGGUAACACUUUACAAUAAGGGUCCCUUUAUUGGUGUUACUUAGUGCAUUAUUAAGCAUUAAUAAACUAUUAAAUAAAGUAUUAACAGACAACCCCAGGCCCUUUGUCCUAAUCUUAAGGAUACUUAAUAGUUAACAUUAUUGGGAUUGUUUAUAGAGGGAUUCUUUGUUUAUUAAUGCAUAAUAGUGCACCAAGUAGUGCUAAUAAAGCGUUACCAAUCUUUUUUAUAUGUAUUUAAAAAAUAAACAAAAACAGGCAUAUGGAGUCAUAUUUGGUGUUGCCCUCGCAAGAAGAAUUUUCUUCCUUUAAAAUCAGAUAUCAGCAUUUUAGAAUGAAACGAAAUACUUCGCAGGAAGGUUUGGCGUGGUUGGUUGUGUUUUUUUGCUCUGGAUGAAAGUUGUUGGUAAGAGGGAACUCUAAAGCUGAUUUCAUUAUUAUGAAAAUCCAACAGAGGAUCCAGAACAUUUAUUAAACAGCCUCAUUAGUUAAACUCAGCAGCUUUGGAGCAGCGUGACUUACUCCUAUCUGCCACGUCUUCCAGCCUUUGUGCAAAGUAUAUCUUCUUGGAUGUGUCGGUGUUUAACUCACAUUCUUGUGUUCAUUUGACCUGAAAACGGAGAACUAGAAGACUUCCCUGAAAUGUCAAACAGUUUGUGUAAAACACGCAGAGCACUCAGCGAGAAGAGAAAGAAUCCAAACGUUUGUUUCCAUAUUUUCCCUUUUCUCUCUCGGCUGUGAUUCAAACAGUCUGAAUAAUGGAUGACGAGGAGGGAAGCCGUCCUCUCUUUGCUUACGUUAAGGACGGCUGAAAAUAGCACUGCUGUCCUCAUGUGAUGUGAAAUUAAAAGCACACUGGAGUGGAGAUACUUGCUGCUGGGGAACGAAACGCUUGUUCUACUCCAUCUGGCAAUCGCUCCAUCCAGCCUGCAACACCACCUCCAUCUGUCUGUGCAAGAGCACUUUUCACCACAGCAAGUUUUUUGGGAUACACUGAUGUACAUGUGGUUGUAAUAAAGAGAUUUUAAUUAGC